AUGACAGGCGUCGAGACACCGACCGGCGUGUCUUACGCGUCAACUGCUCUACUCGUCGUCAAGCCCGUCGCCCCGCCGUCUCUUUUGCAGAUGUCUACUUCUCACGCGUGCCGAUCUGUCGCACUGCGCACCUGCCGCCCACCUGCCAUGGCGGCUCGCACUGCCCACCUCUCGCGUCCCUCUCGACAGUUCUGCCCGCACCCACCUCUGCCACCUCGUGCAUUACCCGCUCACUCGGGCAUUGCCGUUGCAUACUCAACCCUCGGGUCCCCCUCUCCCCUCAUCUCCCCCCUCUCCCCUCGUCUCCCUUCACUCCCUUUCCCAAUAAUGCUCGACCAUUCCCCCGUCCUUCCCGCCUCUAUCCAUUUUCCUCCUUACUCCCUCUCACAGCGGUUGCCCCUCUCUCACCCACCUCCUCUCUGCCGACUUGCUUUUCAACGACCCCCCUCUCUCUCCAACCCAUUUUCCCUGUCGCCCCUCCUCGCUCUCUCUCCCACUCUUUCUUCUCAUCAACAGUACUUCCUCUCUCACCCACGUCUUCUCUAUCUCCCGCCCUCGUCCUCUUGCCUUUCUGCCGCCCAUGCCCCGUACCCACCACCCAUUUCAUCUGCUUGUUCCUCCUCUCCCUCCCGCCCAUCUGCCACCCCAUCGCCCAUGUGCGUGGGUGCAGCAGAGGGCGGCAGAAGCCAUCUCCCAUCCCAUGGAUCGCCUUCCCUCCGUGCUGCUCGCUCGCAUCUGCUCGCACUGUUGCUUGCUGGGGAGGCAGCAGCCCCUGUUGCUCAGAUGCCACCGUCCCUCUCACUUUCCGUCCCCUUCCGAGCGCACCACACAGGAUGCCGCCUGCAAUUCGCUGCAGUACAAUAUCGUGCAGUCUACCGUAUGUGCAGUGCAUCACUGCUGGGCAUUCCUGCGUCGUUGCUCUUCAAAACACGCCAUGGCUAG